AUGGACGGCGUCAAGUCGGACCUUACAGAGGGCUUCGACAUGAUAGGGCGCAUUCGGCCCAGACCAGGCUGGCCUGCGCGCCAGGAUGGCCGUUACCAGACGCCCACGUCCUGGACGUGCUGCGGGCGGACAACUGGGCGUACCUGCGCCAAAAGCUCACCGACGCUCUGCUGGCCGAGCUUGCUGAGAAAGCUCGCCUGGGCAGAGUGCGUGGGCCGUGCAAGGCACCGCCGGGAUGGCUGCGGCGAUGUGUCCCUGCUGCCAACUUCCAGGCUCGACCGCCUGGUCGACCCACCUCCCGGAGAUACCUUCGUGGCGGCCUCCUUCGCCAUUAUCCAAGAGGACGAGGCAGGCAAGGUCAAGCUUCGGAGGGGAUGCGCAGGUCCCAUCACAACGCCACAGUACAGGCCUCCGACGUCCCCACUCACCACGUGGUGGGCGACUAUGUGGAUAUGUCAGACAGUCCGGCUCUGGGGCUAUGACCUCCUCAACGCCUACCACCAGUGGCCGGUCAAAGUGCCGUCCCAUAGCGGCACCAUCUUGCGCACCGUUUCGGGACCUACCCUUUCAUUCCACCACGCUAUGUGUUUCGGGGCGGCGGCCUCGGUGUGGAACUUCAAUGGAGCAGGAGACGCACUGCAGUUCCUCACUCCCACCCUGCUCUUCCUCGUGGGCGGCCACUACGUCGACGACUUCAACGGGGUGGAUGCCACGGACCUCGCGGACUCCGCCUUCCACGGCUUCGCGUCCAAGAGCCCGGGCGAGGGAUCCAGCUCAGCCUGGGACGCGACGGCGGCCAUUCAGGAGAACCGCCUCACCCCGGAGACGGCCCACCGCCUGGCGGGCAAGCUCAAUUUUGUCAACCAGACAGUGUUUGGUAAGGUGGGGGGCGUCGGUGGCGCCCAUUUACGCCAGCAACAAAUCCGAGCUCACUCCUGGGCUCCAGGCCGCACUCCUGGCCAUUGCGGCACUGCUGCAACAGGUCCCACCCCGCCUGGUGCCAUUCACCGCCCCACGGGCGGUCAACUGCGUGGUGUAAGCUUAGACACCAAGCAGGAUGGGUGCCAGCCAAUGCUCCGAUGGCACAUCACCACCGAAGUGCCAACGGCUGGGGCUACGUCGUCCGGGUGGGCGACACCGCGUGGUAUGACUCCGGCUCAGUGCCAGCCUGGUUCGUGCGGAAAUUCGACACCAGGCGAGCCUAACAUCUACAUGCUCGAGGUCCUUGCCCAGAUCCUCGCAGUCGUGACCCUCGCCGACGCCCUGGGCGAGGAUUGGGUGGCCUUCAUAGACAACGCUGCAGGCCAGUGGGCGCUCAAUAAGGGCUAUGGUCGAGACCCAUCAGUCAACGGCCUACUCUCCGCCUUCUGGUCUCUGGCGGCAAUGCAUUCAUGGAGGCCUACCUUCCAUCGAGUGACCUCGGAGGCCAACAUCGCCGACCCGAUAUCUCGGGCGGACUGCGUCAUCGCC